UUGCAACUGGGCUACAACUGUAGAGAAAGUGCCCCAUUGAAGAAGAUCUUCAUAGUACUCUCUAUCUCUUAACCCUUCCCCCACCCCUCUCUCUCUCUCCACUGAGAAAACAGCAGUUACUCGAGUUCUUGAUGAGAGAGACCGAGAGAUAAAUAAUCAAAUGUCUUAAAUGUCUUAAAUGAUUUGAACAGAAGCAAUAAACCUUGGCGGCGUUUGCAGCAGUUUCUUAAAUUUCCUUACCAUCAUUACUCUCUCAUCCGCUCCCAGUUUCACUGCUCCUUUCAAAUACCUAACACAUCUUCAAGUCUAGAAAUUAAUGAGCUAGGGAGCAAAAGAAAAAGAAGAAGUAGAAGAAAUGGCUGGAUUGUUCUAUCUAGGAGGUAGAGAUAACAACAAACAAGAUCAUCAUCAUCAAGACAAGGAUCAUAAUGAAGACAGGAGCAACAAUUAUCUUCAUCUAUAUAAAGACGAGAUCUACAACAACAACAAGGGUUUUGAGAUCUGGCCACCCCAAUAUUUUCAGCAACAACAAGAACAACAAAACCACGUCGCUCCUCCUACAAAUUUCUACUCUUUUGGUAUGGUUCCAAGUGGUAGCAGCCAUAACAAUAACCGGAGUAGUAAUCGGAGUUUGUAUUUCAACGUCGUCUCCGACCAUGAGCCGGUGAGAUCGUCCACGGGAAGGUUUACGGUAACUAGGCAAGGAAGCAUGAAUUGCCAAGACUGUGGGAAUCAAGCCAAGAAAGAUUGUCCUCAUAUGAGAUGCCGUACUUGUUGCAAGAGCCGAGGGUUUGAUUGUCAAACCCACGUGAAGAGUACGUGGGUCCCUGCUGCUAAACGCCGUGAGAGACAGGCCCAGUUAGCUGGUUUGCCAACUAAGCGGAGCAGAGAGGCUAGCUCUGGCGGUGGUGAUGAUGAUGAUGAAAGAGAGGGCGAUGAAAAUGGAGCUCAAGGCGGUGGUGGUGGAUCAGCUCUUGCUUGCAUCCGUGUAGUCAAUGCUAGCUCUUCAGGGUUUGAGAGUAGUCACUUACCACCGGAGGUAAGUUUACCCGCGGUUUUCCGGUGUAUGAGAGUCAGCUCAAUUGAUGAUGAAGACGAAGAGUAUGCGUAUCAAACGGCUGUGAACAUCGGAGGUCAUGUGUUCAAAGGCAUUCUCUACGACCAAGGUCCGUCAGAUGAUCACCGUUACAGUUCAAGCCCUGCUGCCGUAGCCGCAGAAACCUCUCAACACCACCUUAACCUCUUGGCCUCAGCCUCUUCAGUCGCCACUGCAACCGGUGUGACCGCGAGUAAUAUUAAUAACGCAUCAAUUGACCCUUCUUUGGUUUACACUGCAGCACCGAUCAACUCUUUUGUCACCGCCGCUACAUCCUUCUUUGCAUCUCCUAGGUCUUAAGAUUUAAAUGUUAUGUUUUUAAAACGUUUGUUAUUACUCUUAUAAUUAUCAGAGGACUACCAGUACCAAAAAUUAUUAUUUCAA